AAAAGCACCUUCAUAGAUGGCCCAUAAUAUGUCCCCUCAUUUAGACCCCCCAAAGAUGUGAUUUUCAUCUUUCUCUCCACUGCACUAUCCCAUUUUUUUCACUUUCUUUUUUUGUUUUUUGUUUUUUAAAAUUAAAAUACCCCAAGUGUUCAGACAAAGAACCAAAAAAUCAUGUCAGAUGGUGUAGCAAAAGAUUCUGCUGAAGGGUCUUCACGAUCCUCCGGUAACCACCAGCAGCAGCCACAGCCGGCACCUUUGAGUCGAUAUGAGUCGCAGAAACGGCGAGACUGGAACACUUUCGGUCAAUAUUUAAAGAACCAGAGACCACCGGUUCCACUAUCACAGUGUAACUGUAACCAUGUGCUUGAUUUCUUAAGGUAUCUUGAUCAGUUCGGGAAAACUAAAGUUCACCUACAUGGUUGUGUCUUCUUUGGACAACCUGACCCGCCUGCUCCUUGUACUUGUCCUUUAAGACAAGCUUGGGGAAGCCUCGAUGCACUGAUCGGACGGUUAAGAGCUGCUUAUGAAGAGCACGGUGGAUCACCGGAGACUAACCCUUUUGGAAAUGGAGCAAUUCGGGUUUAUUUGCGUGAAGUAAGGGAGUGUCAAGCUAAAGCUAGAGGGAUCCCAUAUAAGAAGAAGAAGAAAAGGAAGCAUCAAAUUAAACCCAAUAACGUCGAUGAAGAGGCUAAAUCAUCAUCCAAGCAAUUGCCUUCUUAGCUCCAUAGCUUUGCCCAUCUUCAAAACAAAUUAUGGAUGACAAGGCAAAAGCAGAGAGGGGAGAGAGGAAAGGUACAGAAAAAGGCAAAAAAGGUUGAAAGUUUAAAGCAAGGGUUGCAUUGAGGCAUGGCACUUAACAAGGUUAUUUUACCUAUUUAAUGUUGGUUGUCAUGCUAUAAAUCUAUUUUACAUAUAUCAUCACCUUGUAAUCUAAGUUUUAUACUUAGCAGCAUAAUGUAUAUUAAAUUAGACCUUAGACGUAUAAAAUAAGGAUAUAUCAACAUUAAUAACGUUUACUUUUGUCUUA